AAAAACUGUAUAUGAGGGCUCAAAAGGUAUCUGUUUCAUGUAUCAGUGCAAUCGAUGUUGGAUGUAAGAUGAUCUCUAGUUUAAGGUGGCUUUCUGCUGCGGAAAAUUCAAAUGUCUACGGAUUGUUCUCUGAAAAAUGCGAAAGCGGAUUACUUGAAGCGUUACUCGAGCCAGCGGGUAGUAAGAAGAGACGAAAGGCCGUUAACGAUGUCACAGUUAAAUAUAUAUCAGGGGACCUUCCGGAAACGCUUGAUGCUUUCUAUAAAUCAGAUCCUGACAGUUUCGAAUUCCCGGCUAAUCACCCUUCUAUGGUUGAGCCGUUACCAACAGUUGUUCGACAAACAACCUUGCUGAAAAAUGAAAAAUCAAAGCAAGCAGAUAAAUCCAAGAAGGAAGCCGAAUUGGAAGCUAGAUACGAUGUAUGGAAUAAAGGCAUCAAAACUUUAGAGGAAACAUAUAAUAAACUGAAAGAACAAGAAUAUGAAAGUUCAAAACCUUUGGCACGAUAUGCUGAUGAUAAAGAUCUGACUGAACAUCUCAAAUCACAAAUACACACUGAAGAUCCCAUGGCUCAGUAUUUCGCCCAGAAAUCAUUAAAAAAAAAGAAGAAAAAGAAGGACAGCAAGAAAAGCACAAGAGUUCAGCUGGUUCUAGUGCCUCCCACUCAUCGGAAACAGAUGACAGUGAUAAUGGUGAAGAGGAAGAUAGUCGACCACAUUACAAAGGACCUGAACCUCCUCCAAAUCGUUAUGGAAUCCAACCUGGUUAUAGAUGGGAUGGAGUAGAUCGUAGUAAUGGCUUCGAAAAGAAGAUUGUUGAAGAUCAAACACGACGUCGUGUAGAACGUGAAAUAGCCCAACGAUGGGCAAUGGAAGAUAUGUAAUAGAAAACCUUAUCAAUUCCUCUUAUUUAUCUACUACAUGUAAAGACUUUUCUUAUUGCGUUAUUUACGCGCAAAUGUACAAAUGUAAAUUGAUGACUAUAUUUUCUUCAUUCUUUCA